GUGAGACUUCAUGUCUGCCAGUUAGCAUGCUAGCAAUCAACAACAGAGUAUUCCGGACAACUAGCGUCUUAAUUUAACCUAACACAAAGGGGGCAAACUGCUUCCAUCUGGCGUGUGCUGAUGCAGAUGGACGUCAGGACUGAACAUUGACGAGUGGAAGUGACGGAUUUCUUCUCCUCACCCUCUUGCCCCCGACACCUUCUGUCACGCUGGCAAUGUCAAGAGUCCCGAGUCCCCCUCCCCCUGCGGAAAUGUCCAGCGGGCCCGUGGCCGAGAGCUGGUGUUACACACAGAUCAAAGUGGUGAAGUUCUCUUACAUGUGGACCAUCAACAACUUCAGCUUCUGUCGUGAGGAGAUGGGAGAGGUCAUCAAGAGCUCCACCUUCUCUUCUGGGGCCAACGACAAGCUGAAAUGGUGUUUGCGAGUGAAUCCGAAGGGCCUCGACGAGGAGAGCAAAGACUACCUGUCUCUCUACCUGCUGCUGGUCAGCUGUCCGAAGGCAGAGGUGCGCGCCAAGUUCAAAUUCUCCAUCCUCAACGCCAAGGGAGAGGAGACCAAAGCCAUGGAAAGCCAGAGGGCAUAUCGCUUUGUCCAGGGGAAAGACUGGGGCUUCAAAAAGUUCAUCCGGAGAGACUUCCUCCUAGAUGAGGCCAACGGUCUUCUACCUGACGACAAGCUCACGCUCUUCUGCGAGGUGAGCGUGGUGCAGGACUCUGUGAACAUAUCGGGGCAGAACACCAUGAACAUGGUGAAGGUGCCGGACUGCCGGCUAGCGGACGAGCUGGGGGGUUUGUGGGAAAACUCCCGCUUCACAGACUGCUCCCUCUGUGUGGCGGGACAGGAGUUUCAGGCUCACAAAGCCAUCCUCGCAGCACGCUCCCCCGUAUUCAGCGCCAUGUUUGAGCACGAGAUGGAAGAAAGCAAAAAGAACCGUGUGGAGAUCAACGAUGUGGAGCCGGAGGUUUUCAAAGAGAUGAUGUGCUUCAUUUACACAGACAAAGCUCCCAACCUGGACAAGAUGGCUGACGACUUGCUGGCAGCGGCUGACAAGUACGCUCUGGAGAGACUGAAGGUCAUGUGUGAGGACGCGCUGUGUACAAGUCUGUCCGUGGAAAACGCAGCUGAGAUCCUCAUCCUGGCUGACCUGCACAGCGCCGACCAGCUGAAAACUCAGGCGGUCGACUUCAUCAACUACCACGCUGCGGAGGUGAUGGAGACGGCAGGUUGGAAGUCCAUGGUGGCGUCUCAUCCUCACCUGGUGGCCGAGGCGUACCGCUCCCUGGCUUCAGCACAGUGUCCCUUUCUCGGACCGCCACGCAAGCGCCUCAAACAAUCCUAACAGCAAGACGCUUACACCCAUGCAUACGCACACACGCACAUGCAAAUACACACAAAGACACACAGACUCUCCCCCCCCUCACGCAGGGACAACCUUCCCCUUGCUGUUACUUAGUUCACUACCUACAGCCUCCCCCGGAUCCCCCCCCCUCUGCCCCAUCCAAACCUGCUGUAUUUGGUCUCUUCUAAAGAUGGAGGAAAGAAGGAGGAAGAGGAAGUGGAGGGGAAAGAGAGGGGCAGGUGCGCUGGUGAAGUGGAUGUUUCUUGUUUACAAGAAUAAACACAAUACCCCUUUCUCCUCGGCUCUGGCCCAGUGAGGUCAGACAUUGUGCUCCUAUCCGUGUGUGAAAACCAAACCUCUCGACACCCCAUUAUUUCCUACUUUGGAAUCCGUACGGGAGGAAGGACUGGACACCCAGAAAGAGGAUUAAAAGACAGAUCAAUUAAGCUGUGUAUUUUAUCAUAAGGCUUCUUUAUGCUCGGUUUGGGGUCCGAGAUGCCCCUAAACUCUCGAACACAUGGGCCUGCGAGGGACAGAAGAAGAAAAAAUGGGCCUGUUAGUUACAAACUAACCCCCUCCCCCCCCCUGAGAAAGACAACAAGGGCUAGUCUAAAAAGCAGAUAUGGGACAAACUAAAAGUUAAUACUCCCGCAGAAAGUUGGAGAAACAUUGCACUAAAGUCACAGGUCACCCCCUCAUGAACCCUUACCAGCAGUAAAGUAGAAAUACUGUAGGCAAGCACAUACUGAAGACCCAACAGGACCACCAAGAACAAGAACCCUUUAAGAAGACAGAAACGACACAUGUACUCCAAAAACUCUGCUUCAUUCGCUUCCGUAUUCAUUUUUUGUAAAGCCGUGGAGGAACAGAAUAGAGAGGGUACAGAAAAGCAACCGGAUGUCAUUCAUGGGGAAAUUGUAUUUUGUGUGCGGAUCUGUUUAAGAGCCUUGAGAGGAAAAAAUAUCCCAACGUCUCGACGGACAAACCAACCAGGAGACAACAAAUGAUGGAAAAAAAGUGGCCAGGAAAUGGUUUCAAAUUACAAUUGAGAUUGAAUCAGGCAUGUUGAUGUUAUUCUAUGACGAAUUUCCUAUUUGUUUGUUCCCCCAGAACUGUCAUUUCUAUUUUUUUCAUAGGAAUUUGUACAGACACCAAUGUUUUUUUGAAGCUGUGUAAACAAAAAAGCAUUUUCAACCGUCAAAUUGAAGAAAAAAAAAAGCGGACAUGUUUUCCUUUGCAGGCGUAAAGACUGAGGGGAAAUGAAAUCGAAAUGAACACGUUUUAAUGUUCAGAAGAGACCGAAUGUGAAAGGAUGCACACCAAGGCAAACCACACGAAAUACAUUUAAGGUUAUCAUUUCAACCUGGCGGGAAAUGGUAACUGAUCGAAGGAACUGUCGUUUCUUUCCUGUAGAUAUCGCUGGUUAUUAAGUGACACUUAGUUGUUACCAUUUUUUGUUCCCAACAGAUUAAACCACAACUAUUUUGUAUUGAAUGCAAUGCAAACCUUG